AACGAACACUUUCCUUCGCUUUCCCUUCGCUUUCUCUUUGCUUCCGUUUGCCGAUGGCCCGCACGAAGCAGACCGCCCGCAAGUCCACCGGGGGCAAGGCCCCGCGGAAGCAGCUGGCCACCAAGGCCGCCCGCAAGUCCGCCCCGGCCACCGGCGGCGUCAAGAAGCCCCAUCGCUUCCGGCCCGGGACGGUGGCGCUGCGGGAGAUCAGGAAGUACCAGAAGAGCACGGAGCUGCUGAUCCGGAAGCUGCCGUUUCAGCGGCUGGUGAGGGAGAUCGCCCAGGACUUCAAGACGGACCUGAGGUUCCAGAGCAGCGCCGUGGCGGCCCUCCAGGAGGCCGCCGAGGCCUACCUGGUGGGUCUGUUCGAGGACACCAACCUGUGCGCCAUCCACGCCAAGAGGGUCACCAUCAUGCCCAAGGACAUCCAGCUCGCCCGCAGGAUCAGGGGGGAGAGGGCUUGAAGGGUCUGGUUUCUUUUAGAUCAAAGAUUGGAUUUUGAUCCCGUCUCUCGUCCUGCUGCUGGGGCCCUCUGGCCUUUUUUUAAGCGUUUUGCAUAUGUCGCUUAGCUUUUAGAGGUCUGGGUUUUGUAAAUCUAUGGGAGAUGCUUUUACUAAUGAAUCGAGUUCUUCGCCUUAAACUUUCGUUCCA